UCGGACUCGUUCUAAGCGCGGCGGCAGGUGCCGAUUCAAUCGACUCAUUCAGUUCGCAUUAAUUUUAAGCCUCUCACCUAUGUGAGUGUCGUGUGCCCCAAGUGCAUUGCUAGUGCAUUAAAAAGUGUUUAGUUUAUCCCAAGCAAAAUGCAGUUUAAGUCGGGAUUAACAAGUGGUCUCCUGUUCCUUUGCGUGAUUUCGUACAGAAUCGGAGCAAUAUUAGCCGAAUGUGAUGACACACAGUUUGAGUGUGACAAUGGCAGCUGCAUCUCCUCCUAUGAUGUCUGCAAUGGUGACAAAAACUGUCCGGAUGGAUCCGAUGAAACGGCAAUGACCUGCAUCUCCCAGAGGGAGCAAUGCAACAAACCAUUCUUCCAAUGCACCUAUGGAGCCUGCGUUAUAGGAACUGCAGGUUGCAAUAAUGUUGAGGAGUGCGCGGAUGGAUCCGAUGAGACGAAGUUCCGAUGCGGCAAUAUUGAUGUUCAAAAUCAGUUGGAACGUCGCCUUCAGGGCAAUUGUCAGGAAAAUGAGUUCAAAUGCCCCUCUGGAAUUUGUUUGGACAAGACCAAUUUUCUGUGCAACGGCAAGGAUGACUGUGGCGAUGGCUAUGAUGAAUCCGUGGAUCUUUGCGGACACUUGUACUGUCCCGUUUACUCCUUCAGGUGUGGCACAGGUGCCUGCAUUGCCGGUUCGCUGAAAUGUAAUGGUCAAAAUGACUGUUUCGAUGGAUCAGAUGAGGCCCCGCUGCUCUGCAACACCACCCGGAAGAUAACAGGUCCAACUCCAGUCACCGUGGAGAUUUUGCAGACUCAGGAGGGAUGCCCACUGCCCCUAGGCGAUGAGCGUCCCAUUCUUAAGGGUCCUGGUGGCCGUAUCAUAACCGGGCCCAUCACCCACGGACUUGUGAAAUUCUCCUGCGAGAGGGGGCAUGUCCUUGAGGGCGAUACAUCCAGCUAUUGUGCCAAUCGGAAGUGGGGUAACUCCUUGAUCCCGAAAUGCGUGAAAUACUGCAAUUCGACGGGCGAGUUUGAAGGAUAUUCGACGAACGCCUUGUGCACCUAUGCCGGCCAGAAGGUGGACUGCAACAAGCCCUAUCAUCCACCCGGCACCGAGGUGCAAUUCGUCUGUGCCAAUGGCUUCAAGGCUGACGGUCCACUGCCGGACAUGAAGUGCAUGAGAGGUGGCUAUUGGAAUCGUCAACGUCAACGCUGCCAGCAGGAAUGUGGCCAGAUUGCCACGCCCACCAAGAGCUUCUCGGCCAAUGGUUACACCAUCAAUAAUACUGUGGUGCCUUGGCACGUGGGACUGUAUGUGUUCCACAAUGAAAGGAAUUACCACUUCCAGUGUGGCGGAUCGCUGCUGACACCGGACCUCAUCAUCACCGCUGCACAUUGCGUAUACGACGAGGGUACCGGUCAACUGUACAGCUUCGAAACCUUCCAAGUGAUUGCGGCCAAGUACUAUCGCAACUAUAAUGAUACCACGCCGGAUGACCAGGUCCGUAAUGUGACCUUUAUCGAUAUAGCGCAAGGCUACAAGGGUCGUGUUACGGAGUUUUAUCAAGACUUGGCCCUACUGACCCUCAACGAGCCCUUCGGACUUAGCCAUGUGAUCCGACCCAUUUGCGUGAAAUUUGUAAGCUUUGCGGAAAAGGAGAGUGUCACCGAUGAGCGGCAGGGAAAGUUUGCCGGCUGGAGCAUCGAGGACAAGCAUGAACUGCAGUUUGUACCAGCUGUUUCCAAAGCGAACAUCCUGUGCCGACAGUCUCUGAGGGAUAUCAAGUCGGACAAAUUCUGCAUAUUCACGCAGGGCAAAUCACUGGCCUGCCAGGGUGACAGUGGCGGUGGUUUUACCGCUGUUGAGGAGACCCUCGAAUUCUCGGGCCGCUCAACCUCGCGGCACUUCCUUUUCGGUGUGAUUAGCAAUGCCCCCAAUGCGGACCGGUGCGCCCACAGCCUGACCGUGCUGACCAACAUUCAGCACUUCGAGACCAUGAUACUAAAUGCAAUGAGCAAGAGUGUUAAUACACGAUCUUAAGCUUCAAGUGAUUAGAUUUAAAUACAGAAAUAAAGCGGCCAUAUGUCCCAUACGAAUUUAGCCUUAAUGUCCAAUAAAACUAGUCUCAGGAAGAAGCGCCGAUUUUCAAU